UUCGUCAAUCAGCUGAGUAGAUAGCUAAAACCCUAGUUUUUGACCAUUGGACCUCAAAAACCUCAGCUUUGCCUUCUGUACUGCAAGCCAAGUCCUAGAGAAAGCAAAUAAUAUCAAAUCAUUGUCCCAAAAAUAAGGGCGAAAUACAGUGGAUUUUAUAAUGCAGAACAACAAGGUCCCCGCAUCUAUGGAGAUUGAAGCAGUUCAACCAGAGUCAAUAUCUGAAUCAGGGUCAUUGCCGCCUAAGCCAAAGUUUAAGCCUUUGAAGGCUCAUGAGAUGUCUGACGGUCGAGUUCAGUUUCGGAAGGUUUCAGUUCCACCACAUAGGUAUUCACCUCUUAAGAAGGCAUGGAUGGACAUUUACACUCCAGUUUAUGAAGGGAUGAAGAUUGAUAUCCGUAUGAAUCUCAAAGCACGUAAGGUCGAAUUGAAGACCAGACCAGACACACCUGACAUCAGUAAUCUGCAGAAGUGUGCAGAUUUUGUCCAUGCUUUUAUGCUAGGUUUUGAUGUGAUAGAUGCCAUUGCCCUUUUGCGGUUGGAUGAACUCUAUGUCGAAUCUUUUGAGAUCAAGGAUGUUAAAACUCUUCGAGGUGAGCAUUUGUCACGUGCCGUAGGGCGAUUGUCUGGUAAAGGUGGUAAAACCAAGUUUGCAAUUGAGAAUGCAACGAAGACAAGGAUUGUGAUUGCAGAUACCAAAAUUCAUAUCUUAGGUUCGUUUGCCAGUAUUAAAAUUGCAAGAGAUUCUCUGUGCAGUCUUAUUUUAGGGUCUCCAGCAGGAAAGGUGUAUUCAAAACUUAGAUCUGUUACAGCUAGACUAGCAGAACGAUUUUAACCCUUGCUAAGUUUCAUCUCAAGAAAGUCAUUUCAACAUGUUUUAUAUAUUUUCCAUUUUUCCUAUAAGAUUGAAUAUGCUGAGUGUGGCUGUGGGGUAUGAGAGUUCAGCUUCGCAUGAAAUUUUUGCUAGGAGGCCUUGUGUUUACAGUGCAAAAUCACAGUAGUUGGAAGAAUUUUUUUCAUCUUUGUGUAUGCAAUUAUGAAGUACUAAAGUUGCUUAAUAUACAGUUUGUGGUACUUGUAAUGCUUUAUGUUUGUAGAAUUGCUCUGUUAUAGCUUCCAUCAAACUCAAUAAAUGAUAUCCAAUUAUAAUUUCUGCCUCUUCA